GCAGGCACGGGCAGCGCAGCCGCAGAGCGGGAGGGUAAUUGAGUCCUCGUGCGGCCGGCAUGUCGGCGCUGCGCUGGGGCCGCGGCGCGGCUGGGCUCGGAUGGGCCUUGUGGCCGGUGGGCCGCCCCGGCCUCCGGGCCGAGGAAGGGACCCUGGGUGGCCUGCGGGGCUGCAGAAGGCGCUCGUCUGCCAGCCCUUGUGAACAAGACCGCCGGAGGGACUGGGGCCACGCGGAGCUGUUGGAGGUGCUUGAGGCCAGAGUGCGGCAGCUGCAGACCAACAGUGUUUCAGAGGUGAGGGCGAAGCUGGUGGAUGUGGCUCGACUCCCAAAGGCCGAUGGCUCCCAGUCACCCAGAAAGGUGGAGGCAGGAAACGAGGGUGCUGCCCUGGGGUUCACCAGCCACUGGGCACAGAAGUUGCACAAGGAGAAGCUGGUGAUGCAGAGGCGCAAGCAAAAGCUGGAGGAAACCCUGCAGAAGGAGAACCGCAAGCAUCAGCUGCGUGUGGAGCCCCAACUGCUGAAUAGGGAGCUGGCAGACUGGCUGCAGCGAUGGGAACACGGCUCCCCCAGGAGUCCCUGGGAGGAGCAGCUGGCUCAGCUGCUACAGGAGGCCCCUAAGCAGCUGAGCCGCAGUGAGGAGCAUGGUCACACGGGUAGGAUCUCCAAGGUGCGGUACGAGGCCCAGCAGCAGAGGCUCCUGUCCUUCUUGGAGUGCUGCCUGCUGGUGGACCAGCUGCCCCUCGCCCACCACGUGCUGGUCAAGCAUCACAGCAAGCUCCGGCAGCAGCGGGCGCUCACCCUGCCCAUGUACAACACCCUUCUGCUUGGCUGGGCUCGUAAGGGCUCCUUCAGAGAGCUGCUUUAUGUGUUCUUCAUGAUGAAAGAUGCCGGCCUCGCCCCAGACCUGCUGUCCUAUGCGGCCGCCCUGCAGUGCAUGGGACGGCUGAACCAGGAAGCCAGCGCCAUUCAAAGGUUUUUGAAGCAGAUGGCACAGGACGGACUGCAGCUGCAGGAGCUCUUCACGAACUUGCCCCUGUGCAAGGAGGACAAGGCUGUGCUCCUGAGGGCUGUGCGCAAGGCGGAGCCCACCUUCCUACCUCCACAGCCGCCCCUGUCCUCGUCCAAGGUCAACUCCUCCCCACUGCUCAAGGAGAUCUACAGCACGGACAAGCCUGCGACCUAUCCAAAGCAGCACCUGCCCUUGGAGACCCUGAAGGACCUGUUUCAGCAGCAGCUCAGUGUGGAGAUGGCCACCGUUGUCACUGUGGAGUCCGUGGAGACGGCCCCGUCGCUGACCAAGGAGGUCCUGCAAGCGCGAAAGACCCUGCAGGAGCUACGCACCCGUUGGGAGGAAGAGCUGUGCCUGGCGCUGCAACAGACAAAGGACAGAGAGGCCCAAGCUGCCCGCAAGGGCCGCCCCUCACUCUUCCCGUACCUGUGCCUGCUCAGCGAGGGGGAGCUUACGCAGCUGAUGCUGCAGGCCUUGCAGGUGCUGCCCCAGCAGGGAGAGUCGCUUCUCUCCCUGGCACAAGAGCUGGGCAUGCGCAUCUUCAACCGACACGUGGUGCAAAGGAAGCAGCUCAGUGAUGAGGUGCAGGCGCUGCAGGAGCGCUAUUUCAAGUACCUACACCUGCUGGCAUCAGACACACAGGUGGUGAUGUCCCGUCUGCCACGGGAGCAUUGGGAGGCACUAGGGACGUCUGAGGCCUCCCAAGACCAGCCCUGGCCCUUGGCUCUGGUGGUGCAGCUGGGGAAACAGCUGGCGGAGGUGCUCGUGCAGACAGUGAAGAUGCCCAGCAACCUGGCCCAGCCACAGGACACCCAGAAGCUCAUCCCCGUCCUCUACCAUGUGUACUCCUUCCAGAGCUUUCGCCAGAUUGGGAUCCUGAAGCCACAUCCAGCCUUCGUGCAGCUGCUGGAAACUGCGGCCGAGCGCACCAUGACCUUUGAGGCAGCCGAAGUGCCCAUGCUGUGCCCGCCCCUGCCCUGGACUUCGCCACACUCAGGUGCCUUCCUGCUGAGCCCCACCAAGCUGAUGCGCUCUUUGGAGGGCACCAUACAGCACCAGCGCCUGCUGGAGGGCUGCCCACCCGCUGAGCUGCACGGUGCCCUAGAUGCCCUCACCCAGUUGGGCAACUGUGCCUGGCGUGUCAAUGGGCGAGUGCUGGACCUGGUGCUAACCAUCUUCAAUGCCAAGGGCUGCCCCCGCCUGGGCGUGCCAUCCCCUGCCUCUGAGGCACCCCGCCCAUCCAAGCAACGCCUGCCAGCCAAUGCCUCUCCGGAGCUCAAGACGGAACUGCGGCGGGAGCUGGCCCGCUGCCUGAAGGUGGCGCGGGAGAUGCAUAGCCUGCGGACCGAUGCCCUCUACCGCCUCUCGCUGGCACAUCACCUGCGGCACCAUGUCUUCUGGCUGCCGCACAACAUGGACUUCCGAGGACGCACCUACCCCUGCCCACCCCACUUCAACCACCUGGGCAGUGACCUGGCACGGGCCCUGCUGGAGUUUGCCGAGGGCCGACCUCUUGGCCCCCAUGGCCUUAACUGGCUCAAGAUUCACUUGGUCAACCUCACCGGACUCAAGAAGCGUGAGUCACUGCAGGCACGCUUGGCCUUUGCUGAUGAGAUAAUGAACGACAUCCUGGACUCAGCCGACCAGCCCAUGACGGGCCGGAGGUGGUGGGCGGAGGCAGACGAGCCCUGGCAAGCCCUGGCCUGCUGCAUGGAGAUCGCUCGGGCCGUGCGUGCCCCCAGCCCGGCUGCUUACGUCUCCCAUUUCCCCGUUCACCAGGAUGGCUCCUGUAAUGGCCUGCAACACUAUGCCGCCCUGGGCCGGGACAGCGUGGGGGCUGCCUCUGUCAACCUGAUGCCCUCAGACGUGCCACAGGAUGUGUACAGCAGCGUAGCCGCACAGGUGGAGGUGUUCCGCAGGCAGGACGCCGAGCGGGGCGUGCAGGUGGCCAAGGUGCUGGAGGGCUUCAUCAGCCGCAAGGUGGUCAAGCAGACGGUGAUGACCGUGGUGUACGGCGUCACCCGCUACGGGGGCCGCCUGCAGAUUGAGAAGCGCCUCCGCGAGCUCAGCGACUUCCCCCAGGAGUUCGUGUGGCAGGCCUCUCACUACCUCGUGCGCCAGGUGUUCAACAGUCUUCAGGAAAUGUUCUCAAGCACUCGGGCCAUCCAGCGCUGGCUGACCGAGAGUGCCCGGCUCAUCGCUCGAUCCGGCUUGGCUGUGGAGUGGAUCACCCCCCUGGGCAUCCCCAUCAUUCAGCCCUACCAUCACGACUCCAAAGUGUCGAUCGGCGGAGGGAUCCAGAGCCUCACCUUCUGCAGCAGUGGGGACACCAGCCAGAAGCCCAACACACUGAAGCAGAAGAAUGGCUUCCCACCCAACUUUAUCCACUCCCUGGACUCGUCGCACAUGAUGCUCACAGCCCUGCACUGUUACAGGAAGGGCCUGACCUUCGUCUCCGUGCACGACUGUUUCUGGACCCACGCAGCUGACGUCGCCAUCAUGAAUCAGGUGUGCCGAGAGCAGUUCAUCCGCCUGCACAGCCAGCCCAUCCUGCACGACCUGUCCACGUUUCUGGUGGAGCGGUACUGCUCUGGCCCCAGGUCCACCAACGCCCAGGUCGUCAAGUUGCAGGAAAUGCUACUGUCAGUGCCCAAGACAGGGACCUUCGACCUGGACCAGGUAAAGCACUCGACAUACUUCUUCAGCUGAUGCAGGCCCGCCAGGCUGCCCUGGGCCCUCUGUACCAUAGUGUAAAUAAAGCUCUGUUGCUACC